AUGGCCAUCCAGAAGAAGAAUGCCAAAGCGCGUCUGGACAAGUACUACUACCUCGCGAAAGAGAAAGGUUACCGCGCUCGCGCCGCCUUCAAGCUGAUCCAACUCAACAAGAAAUACUCCUUCCUGCAGAACUCAAGAUGUCUGCUCGAUCUGUGCGCUGCACCAGGGUCAUGGAUGCAGGUCGCCGCCGAGACAAUGCCGGUCAAGUCGCUCAUCGUGGGCGUUGACCUGGCUCCCAUCAAGCCAAUUCCACGAACGAUCAGCUUCCAGGACGACAUCACCAGCGACAAGUGCCGAGCCACUAUUCGAGGACAUCUCAAGAGUUGGAAAGCAGACACGGUGGUGCACGAUGGUGCGCCGAAUGUGGGUACGGCUUGGGUGCAAGAUGCUUUCAGUCAGAACGAGCUGGUGCUUGCGAGUUUGAAACUGGCGACAGAGUUCCUGGCGCCAGACGGCACAUUCGUGACCAAGGUCUUUCGCUCCAAAGACUCCGCGAAGCUAGAGUGGAUUUUCAAGCAGCUUUUCAGCAAGGUCGAGCAAACGAAGCCGCCCUCUUCGCGCAAUGUCUCCGCCGAGACGUUUUACGUGUGCCGAGGCUUCAAGGCGCCAAAGCACAUGGACCCGCGAUUUCUGGACCCGAAGCACGCCUUUGCAGAAGUAGAAGCAGCCGCUGUGAACAAUGAGGCGAAAGUCUUCAACCCGGAAAAGAAGAAGCGCAAGCGUGAGGGGUAUGAGGAGGGCGACUGGACGCAGUUCCAUGAGGCGCCAGCAAGCGAGUUCAUUCAGACCCAGGAUCCGAUCGAAAUGCUGGGUAACCUGAAUCGACUGCACUUCAGGCAGGAGAACAAUGGCGACAUCGCUCUUGCUGCGUUGGACAAGUUACCAGAGACGACAGAAGAGAUCCGGGAGUGCUGUUCGGAUUUGAAGGUACUUGGUCGCAAGGAGUUCAAGUUGCUGCUUAGAUGGAGGCUGAAGGCGAGGGAGCGAUUCGGAUUCCGGCAGAAGAAGACGGACCACGUCGGUGCUUCGGCUGAGCAGAAAGCUGCUGCGGACGAUGUUGCCGUCGAAGGAGCUGCCGGCGAAGAGGUGGCGAUGGUAGAACCCAUGGACGAGGAGAUGAAGCUGCAGGAGGAUCUUCAGCGCAUGAAGGACAUGCAGUCCAAGACCGAGCGCAAGAAGCGAAAGAAGGACAAUGAGAGGAAGCAAAAAGAGAUUGUGCGCAUGCAGAUGAACAUGGUUACUCCGUCAGAUAUUGGUAUCGAGGCUGGUGGGCCAGAAGGUAGCGAUGCCACUUUCAGAUUGAAGGAUGUUGACAAAGAUGGCGGUGUCCGGAAGCAGAUUGUGAGGGGCCGGAUGGUUGCGAAUCCAGUUCCAGAGGUCAAGAAGGCGGAAGAAGAGUCCGAGGAGGAAGCCGAGGACGAUGAUGGAGAUGAGCUUGAGCGCCAGCUCGAUGGCAUGUAUGAGGAUUAUCAAGAUCGUCUGGAGCAGAGGAGCACGAAGAUAGCAGCGAAGAGAGCCCGAAUGAAGGCGAGAGGAGAUGAAGAUGAUGAGUUUGAAGGAUUCGACAAGGACGACAAGGGAGCAGACACUGAUGUUAGCUCUGAUGCUGAUCUUAUGGAGGACGAGGAUGAUGGCUUCGAGAGUGAAGGUGAGCAAGCCGAGAUUAUGACUGGGCCGCAGCCGCGGGAUCGAGAGGGUGCGUUGUCUGGACGUGCGGCAAGCUUCUUCCAGCAAGACAUUUUCAAGGACAUUCCCGGACUGGAAGACGCAGAGGAGAGCGAAGCCGAGCAGGAACGGGACAGCGGCAUAGAUGUUGCGUCUGGCUCGCUUUCGCCGGAGCUCAAGGCUGCCAGUAAGGGAGACAAUGCAGAUCAGGUUAUGGAAGUAGUGGCGGACGAUAAUGUGGAAGAUGAAUCAGAGAUUGAAGAAGUCGCCACGAAGCAAGACGAUGCGGAAGACUGGGAAGAGGGCACCUCCCGUCCUACAGAGCAGGAGACCGGCCGGCCAAACAUCGACAUCAUCACCGCCGAAGCCAUGACUCUGGCCCACGCACUCGCCACUGGCAAGACUACCAAAGCUCAGCUCGCCGACGACAAUUUCAACAAAUUCUCCCACCGCGACGUCGACGGCCUGCCCGAAUGGUUCCUUGACGACGAAAACAAGCACUCCCGUCCCCAACGACCCAUCACCGCUGAAGCCGCCAAAGCCAUCAAAGAAAAGCUCCGCGCCCUCAACGCCCGUCCGAUCAAGAAAGUCCGCGAAGCCAAAGCACGCAAGACAUUCCGCGCUGCACGUCGGCUUGAGAAGCUGAAGAAGAAGUCCGACGGCUUAGCGGAAGGCAGCGAGCUGAGCGAGAAGGAGAAGGCGGCGAGUAUCGCCGGUCUGAUGGCGAAGGCGAAGAAGGCGGGGCAGAAGAAGCGGAAGCAGGUGAAGGUUAUCAAGGCUGUGGGUGCGAAUAAGGGAUCGGGGAGGCCGAGGGGCGUGAAGGGGAAGUAUAAGAUGGUGGAUAGUCGGUUGAAGAAGGAUGUCAGAGGGGAGAAGAGGGCGGCGAAGAAGAUGAAGGGGAAGAGGUAG